UCUCAUCUCUCCUCACCCCCUUACAAAACCCUAACAAUUUCAGAGAAAAGAGGAGAGAGAAUACACAAAACAAAACAAAAAAAACCCUAAAAAUGGCCGCCGCCGCACCCGCCGCCGCAGUGCACUCAGUGCAAUGCUUCGGUCGCAAAAAGACAGCCGUCGCUGUUACCUACUGCAAAACUGGUCGCGGUUUGAUCAAGAUCAAUGGUACUCCAAUCGAGCUUGUUCAGCCUGAGAUUCUCCGUUACAAGGUGUUCGAACCCAUCCUUCUUUUGGGUCGUUCGAAGUUCAAUGGUGUUGAUAUGCGGAUCAGAGUUAAAGGAGGUGGACAUACUUCUCAGAUCUACGCCAUCCGACAAAGCAUUGCUAAAGCACUUGUUGCAUAUUACCAGAAAUUCGUUGAUGAACAACAAAAGAAGGAGAUUAAGGACAUAUUGGUGAGGUAUGAUCGUACUUUACUUGUUGCUGAUCCUCGUCGUUGUGAGCCUAAGAAGUUUGGUGGACGUGGUGCUCGUGCUAGGUUUCAGAAAUCUUACCGUUAAAACAGAUUUAUGUUUGUUGGUAAGGUUUUGGUUUUGGUAUGGAUGAUUACUUAUUAAAGAUGGUGAAAAUCAUCAGAUUUUUGGUUUAGUAACUAGUUAAAUGUUUUGACUUUCGGAUUAUAUUUGAUGUUGAGUGCUUUCUCA